GUUUUCUUGCUACAUUUUUUUGCCGCUCACUGCGAUUUUGGGUAGGGCUAGGAUGGAUCUUCCAGUGGUGGAGCUGGAGCCAUACCUCGAGGCGCGCGGAUCACAGCCCCUGCCCGAGAAUGUGAGGAAUUCCUGCCUGGAGGUCGCCAAAUGCCUGCGAGAAGCCGGAGCCCUUGUUCUUCGCGAUCCGCGCUGCACGCCCGAGGACAACGAUCGAUUCCUCAACAUGAUGGAGCGAUAUUUCGGCAUGGCGGACGAAUUCAAGCGGCAGCAAGAGCGUCGUCAUCUACACUACCAGGUGGGAGUGACACCAGAGGGAGUGGAAGUUCCCCGGUGUGCUCUGGACAAAGAUCUCCAAGCACGCAUGGAGAAAAUCCCAGACUCCGAGAAGCCUCGAAUGCCCGUAGGGGCCGAUCCAAAAUGGCGCUACAUGUGGAGAGUCGGCCCCCGUCCAGCCAACACGCGAUUCAAGGAGUUUAACGCUGAUCCAGUAGUCCCGGAAGGAUUCCCCGACUGGAUCGAAGUUAUGGAUGGAUGGGGACGCAAGAUGAUCGCAGCUGUGGAGGUAAAAGCCUCUCUUUUCUCGUUUCUUUCCUUGACACUUUCCAAAACUUUCGUUUGCAUAGAUUGUUGCCGAGAUGGCUGCGAUUGGAUUUGGCCUUCCUCCCGACGCAUUCACAUCCUUGAUGUCUCAGGUAGCGAUCUCUCCAAGUUCACCGAGGAAGGGAGCGUCUUCGCCGGAUACCACUACGACUUAAACUUCCUCACCAUUCACGGGAGAAGCCGCUUCCCCGGCCUCAACAUCUGGCUCAAGCAAGGCCAGAAGCUCCUCGUGCGAGUUCCUCCCGGAUGCUUGCUCGUCCAAGCCGGAAAAGAGCUCGAGUGGCUAACCGGCGGCGAGUGUAGCGCUGGAAUGCACGAAGUCAUAGUGACCAAGGAGACCAUCGCAGCAGCCGAGGCAGCGAAGCAGGCCGGACGCAGCCUGUGGAGAGUCUCCUCCACGGUGUUCGGCCACAUUGCCUCGGACGCGAUCUUACAGCCCCUAGGCCACUUCGCAUCGGCCCAAGCAGCCAAGAACUAUCCCGCGACGCUUGCCGGAGACUACGUCGAGUCGGAGCUGGCCGCUAUUCGCUUGAAGACAGCGUGAGGAUCGCGUAAAGCCCAUCCAAAGAGAUGACAGAAAAUCGAAAGAGAGACCAUACCUUUGUAUUCCACCGGUUGUAUCAUACCAUAUCACACCAACAGCGGCAAUUAGAACGCGUACGUAAGUUU